UGUGUGUGUGUGUGUGUGUAUGUAUGUGUGUGUGUGUGUGUGUGUGUGGCCGAGGUGAUGAUGAUGAAGGUGGUGUUGAAGGUGCUAAUGAAAGGUGGUGGGGUGCAACAUGGUCACAGGCACAGGCACACGUACACACGCGCACACAGUGCAUGUGGCUGCUUCCCCAUCAGCCACCGUUGCAGGGUCGUCAAGAUGCUCACGUUGCGACACACACGCACAUACACACACACGCUCUCCCUGCCGUUGAUGUGAUGUGCUCGUGCACUCCUUGCUUGCUACACCAGCUACCAUUCAACCGACCGUCAUGAUGAGCAUGGCUGUAAACGACGCCGGCGCGCGGAUUCGAAAGACGCCGAGACGAAGGGUCACCUACACCAUCGACGAGGCCGACCUGCUCAAAUACCCAAAGUCCAUCCUCGCCCGAUACCUCGUGGAUUGCGGGUUUGAGUCUGAUCCUUCGAAGAAGCCAUACAUGCAAGAGCUGUGGCGACGAUGGGACGCCUACAACGGCUUUCGCUUGCCAGAAGUGGUGUGCGACCUUGGCGCCGGCAAGAUGAAGGAGUUCAAGGACACGCUGGAAGCGGGGAACCUCUCCAAGAACGGGCGCAGGUAUCUGCGCGAGGAGAGGGAGCGAAGAAUGAACCGCGUACAGAAGCGAAACAGCAGGAAGCGCCUGGACACCACCAGCACAGGCAAGAAAUCGCGCCCGCGCAGUCAGCGGCCCAGCGCAAACACGAGCAACCCGAUGGGUGCCAUGGUUGGUCCUGAUCGGACGCGUACGAUGCCGCCAAACCUGAUGCAGCUGUUCAUGAUGCCACCACCGGCUGGCAGCGGACAGCCGCAGUCAGACAUGACAAAGCAACUCCUCGCCGCAGGGUACCAAUCCACGCCGCUGUCGAGUGCACAGGCGCAGAUGAUGGGGCUGCCUCUGCUCUCCCCUCAGACUACCGCCGUCACACAUCAUCAACAACAACAACAACAACAACAACAACAACAACAACAACCGUCCGCCACAACCACGACCCCCACCCACAACAGCGCAGCCACAUCAACCACGAACGCAACUCCACCUGCUGUCGUUCGCAGUUCUGUUUCAACCGCCACCACCGCGCUCGGUGUAUCCCCACUUGCCAAAGAGUACGUCCACUGAAUGUCUGCAAUGUCGCAGGCGCGCACGUCUUCAGGCGUGCUCACGGUGUCAUGUCCUUCAGGUUGCUUGCAA